GACGUCGGGUUAGCCAAUCAGGCUGUAGGGGCGUGGUUUAUCUCGGAAGCAUAGGGCGGAGCUCCACGGCAGCGGUGAGCGUUUAGCUGGCACGAGAGCUUGGUUUAUGUUCAGUUUUCAUGACUCCAAAAUGGGAGCUGGUAUCGCUACCUCGAUGGGAGAUGACGGCAUACUGGAUUCUCUCCUUCUCCUCCCAUCUCUAUUCUUUCUACCAGUUGCACAGGUUUUCUAAAGAGCAUGAGGUCAGCCUGGACAGAGAGGUGCAGCUGGAGAGAGGAUUCCUUAUAUGGGGAUUCAAGAAGGACCCUACUGAUUUUGAGUGGAGUUUUUGGAAUGAGUGGGCGUGGCAAUCUCUUUUGUGGUCUCUGAUUGGCCACGCUGUGGUGUCCAGACUGGCAGCUUUUUUUCUGCCUCAGUUCAGACUGGCUGUCUUAACGGUGUAUGGCAUCCUCUCAGCUGGUUGGCUUCUGGGAGUGCGAGGCUUGACUCUUUUGAUGCUGCAUCUGAGUAUCUCACUGGUGGUUGCUCAGCUACGUAGCCCCAUCCUCUCGUGGUUUUGCUCCCUCCUGCUGCUCUCCACGCUCAAUGUCACUGCCUUCCAGGAUUUACAGCGUGGUUGGUACACCUCUGAGGACCAGUACUACCUCUUGCUCUUCAGUACUGCUGUUUGUACUUUGCGCUGCAUUAGCUUUAGUCUGGAGUUGUGCUGGUGCCCCCGGAAGGCUGGAGGACCAAACCACUGCCCCCCUUUAGAGGUUCAAGGACUGAAGACACUCAUUUUUCAGUUCUACAAGCUCACUGCUUACUGUUUCUAUCACCCUCUGUUUUACAACGGACCCAUUCUGACCUACAGAGACUUCAGUGAACAGAUAGACAGGCCGGUGUGUAAAGUCUCUGUGGUGUAUGUGUUGAGCGGAAUACUGCGCGUGUGUGUCUGGUGGUGUUUAGCCGAAUUCAUGAUUCACUUCAUGUACAUGCACGCCAUCCAGAGCAACGAAACCUACUUGGAGAUGCUGCCACCCUGGGCACUGGGUGGUUUGGCUCUUGCAUUGGUCCAGUUUUUUUAUGUCAAGUAUCUGGUCUUGUUUGGAGUGGUGUCUCUGCUUGUCAGAUUGGAUGGGAUUGAGCCGCCCAAGUUACCACGCUGUGUCAGCAUCAUGUACAGCUUCACUGGGAUGUGGAGACACUUUGACGUGGGGCUUUACAAAUGGCUCAUCAGGUACAUAUAUGUGCCAUUGGGUGGCUCUCGUCACGGUGUGUUCCGGAAGCUCGUCUCCACGGCGCUUGCGUUUGGGUUUGUGUGUUUCUGGCAUGGUUGCCAUGACUACCUGCAGUACUGGGCCUUGCUGAACUGGAUCGGGGUGUUGGUGGAGAACGUUCUCGCUCUCUUCUUCUCCUCUCGUCCUCUUCAUCACAUUAUUGUGCGCUGUCUGUCACCUCGGAUGCAGAGGCGUGGCCUAGCACUUAUCUCCGCCCUCUCCACUGCUUUUCUGAUUCUGUCCAAUCUGCUUUUUCUGGGCGGGAUCCAUGUGGGCAGAAUUUUCUGGAAGAGGCUGUUUGUCCAAGGUGGGUUUGGUGUGACGCAAGCUGAGUCAUGUUGAGAGGAUUUGUGUGUCGCUGGAUGAGGACAAAGUUCAGAAAACAUUCACACAGAUCUGUAGUCUUGUAGUCAAAAUAAGACAUAAUACACACACUCUGCCUCUGAGCUUCUUUUCCGUCUGACUUUUUUGUAGCCUUUCUGUUACAUUGCAGUGUUUUGUGUCUGUUGUUGGCAUGACAAAAUGCAUUAAGUGGCUGAAGCUGUGACUCCAGCACCUGAAGGACAAUGAGGUGUAACCAAAUGUAAUCAACACCCUCCCUUCUUUCAUUUACUCUCAUUUUCUUCCUGCUCCAUAUUUCUUUUCUUGUUCCUGAUGCAACAAGGCAGGUCCUUUUAAUGAACCCACCAGAGACAAACACAUGCACACCUGUCUGGUGGGGCUAUUAGUGCACGUGUUGAGGGGGAACUAUGAUUAUGAGCAUUUCCUCAUGUAUAUAUAACAUUGACUGAUAAUAAUGUGAAAAUAAUUUAUAAUAAAAAUAUAAUACCUCAACAAUAAAUUUAAAAUAAUUGAUAAAAAAGUAAAAUAUCAUUUAUUCAUCUAGCAGAAUGUUUAUGCAUCUGUUUUUAUCAAAAGCCACAAAUGAGAGUAACACAAAUGGAAGCAAUUAAUCCAAAAUGUAAUCCAAGUAUUUCUACCAUAACACAAAUCCAUAAGCACUUGAAAGGAGCAGAUAUAUAAUGCAUUAAGUGAAGUGCUCCAGGAAAAGGUAUUCUUCAGGCAUUUUGAGGAUUAUAAUAGAUCCUGCUGUUUAGGUGAAGGUUGGGAGGUUAUUUUACCAGCAGGGGAACACAAUUGUUAAUUUACUGACUGCAGGGGGCAAAAGAGAAUGUAAAUGAGAUAAUGAGUGAAUCCACACCUGUAGUCUAAUGAGAUUUCAUGCUAAAUUCUGUUAAUCUGUGGGAGGAUAUAAAUCAUAGCUCACAUGGGGGAAAUUAUCACUGGAUACUGCAGGAAUUUCUAGUAAGCACAGCUAGUGAUUCUGUACAGAAAAGCUGCAGGCUUCAGUGUGUUUUGUGUGUUAAGGUGUUGAAAUUGUGGCUCCAGACUGCGAUUAAAAUGAUCACGAAUGUGGCCAAAAACAGUCACUAAUGCUUUGUGUCCAUCCAUAUGCGAUUUCAUCUGAAAUCAGAGUGUGCGCCACUCAUAGCAACAUUUACAUACAACCAAAUAAUCUGUUAAUUAUCGAACUGAAAAGCCUUCAUGUGAACAUUUCAAAUAAUCCAGUUGAACCUCUCGAAUCCGAUUCUUCAAAAAUGCUUUGUGCACAUGCACAGUGCCGUAAUGCAUAUGUUUACAUAUAUUUUAUGUCUGUAUGUGUACGAAUUUGUCAGUGGAUUACAAAAAAUGUAAUCUUUCUAUUUUAUAUUUGUCAUUAAGGUUUAGGAUUCAAUUCAGAAUCUGAAAUCACGUUGGAU